UCCCACUGACCAGGAUACCCGAGAUGCACGCCCGUGUGAUCGUCCUUACAGCUUUGGUGUCCCAUGCUCUGGCUGGCGGCUACGCUGGCGGAGCAGGCGGAGGAGCUGUCGGUGGAGGCGCCAGUGGCCCAGGCGUCGUGCACGGUGGAGGAGGCGUGGGCCUGGGCCUCGCCGGUGGUGGAGGUGGUGGCGGCGCUGGACUAGUAGGUGGCCAUGCAGUCGCUGUGCAACUUCCCAGUCCCCACCGCGUCGUAGGUCACGUUAAAGUGGCUCCUGUCAAGACCGUCUCGUAUGUCAAGAAGCCCGUUGUCAGCGUCAGCUACGUGACCAAGCCCGUUGUUAGCUACGUGAAGCAGCCCGUAACCACUGUGUCGCAUACCGUUCAGCCCGUGGUCACUGUGAGCCACGCCGUCCUCAGCGACGUUGGCACCUUCGGAGCAGGUGGCGGAGCUGGAGGUGGCCUGGUAGGAGCGGGUCUUGGUGGUGGACUGGGUACCAUUGGAGCCGUCGAUGGUGGAGUCCGCGUUGUGAACGGCUAUGGCUUGGCACCGUAUAGUCUUGCAGGCUACGGCGCCGGCAUUGGUUUCGGGCACGGCUACGGAGGAGGUUACGGAGGAGGUUACGGAGGAGGCUACGGCGGAUACGGCGGAGUUGGCCUCAAGGGAGCCGUAGUUGCCGCCGACGUCGGAGCUUUCGGAGGAUACGGCCAUGGCCUCGGCUAUGAAAGAAGCGUCACCUACGCUGCAGGACUGGGCUACGGUGCUGGCUAUAAUGGUGGCUACGGAGGAGGCUACGGGGGCGGCUAUGGUGGAGGAUAUGGAGGCAACUAUGGCGGUGGUCUGGGCCUUGCCACCUACGGCGUCAAAGGACACCUUGGUGAAGGCGCUCUUGGCGUUGGACUUAAGGGAGGCAAUGCAGUUGGUGGAGGUUACGAAGGUGGGCUGCCUGGUGCCGGGGUUGGGGGAGGCCAUGUAGGUGGCUAUGGAUGGUGAAACGCCUUGCUCUCAUCUCAUCUUCACACAUCUCGCUAGUCCAUCCAAGAAAACCGCUUGAUUUCUCAGGAGCCGCAUCACCUACUUCCUGCACUGCCCUCCCUGAGCGCCACAUGUACAGAUUCACGGGCGUCGCAUCUACCGAAUAAAUCAAGGGCGUUGCACACUAUAGUCAGGCGUACGUUGUGAAGACAUCGGCAACAGCAAACUGGUUCUGCGGGGACAGGUGCAGAAAUCAAGACCAUAGCGUGCCAUAAGGAAUGCCCACCUGUCCUGGUCAGUGGACACGGACAUUUGUUUGGUGUACACAAAAUAAACUGAAAUGGUGGAGAGGCACA